ACGCUCAUAAGGACUUACGUAAGGACAUCCAGCGAUUAAAUUUUAAACGCGAAAGGUUUUUCCUCUAUAGUUGGAACUAACGACGUAGCAGUAGGUGAAUGAUGGAAAGCGCUAAGGUGAGGUCGAUUUCGAAGGAAAUAAGUGUAGAAUAUUUGCGUUCUCAAAUUGAAACAUGGCAACGUUUUCUUGAGCGAUUUCGUCGAUGUGAAUGCUUAGAGUUUGGUGGACAAGGAUGCAACUGCGUGAAUGAAGAUGACGAGGAAGUCUCUAACAGAUGUGAAGGAUUCUAUCAAGAUAGCAGUUCUCAAACUGACUUGAUGCAUGCUCCGCCUUCGAAUCCUCCAAGGGUUGUCUUUCAACGAUCAGAUUCGUUUGCAUGUCGAGAUCCCAUGGAUGUAUCUCAAAUACUUGAUUUAAGUCCAAGAAACUUUCUCUUCGCAAGAGAUAAUCCUCAAAAUUAUCGAGAAAUACGGAAUCCAUACGUGCUGGUGAUAAACAUUGUAAACUUUAUCAAGGACCCACGACCAAGGAAUGGGGCUAAACACGAUCAAGAUAACGUGGAGAGGUUUGUAAGAGAAGCUGGUUUCAGCAGUGUUCUGUGGUAUUUUGACCUGGAAAAACAAGAUAUGCUGAAACUUCUUGAAGAAACCCGAAAAAAUGCAGAUUUGGUUGAAAAUGACAGUUUUAUCUGCAUUAUUAUGAGCCAUGGCAACGAAGAAGGUAUUUUAUGCAGAGAUCAUAAAACUAUUUCAGUGGAGACCAUAAUGGAGAAAUUCCAGGGAAACAAUGAUGCUUGUCCCCAGCUUGCAACAAAACCAAAAUUGUUUUUUGUUCAAGCAUGCAGAGGAGAAAUUGAUGACAAAGGGUACUUUGUACCAAGAGGGCCAAAAGAUGUUUAUCCUAAUACAUCUGACAACAAUGAGAUGCCUGUAAAACUUCCCUCCGAUGCAGAUUUUUUGAUCGCCUACUCUACCACCAAAGGCACAAUCUCUCACAGACGCUUCACAGUUGACAGAAGAUAUGCUGAAACACAUAAGGAAAGUCUGGGUUCCUGGUUCAUCUCUUGCUUGGUACAGGUUCUAUGUGAGAACUCUCACAAGGAGGACUUAAUGACUAUGCUCACAAGAGUGAACAGAGCCAUGUGUGAAUUUUACACUGAAGGUGGAAGCAAGCAGAUUUCAUGCCAACUUUCUAUGCUCACAAGGAAAGUCUACUUUUCUAACUUCCUUGAAAAAAAAAAGUGUGUAGGCAGCAACACAAAUUAGGCAAACAUUGACGACCAAACUGUGUUAAUGGUGGCAGGGAUUAGGGUGGAGCCAGGAAGUGGAAAGGGGUACCACCCUUUUUAUUAAUUUGUGGUGAGCCCUUCAACUCCCAAUGUACAGAAAUUUGUAGAAACAAAUAACAUCCUCAGCUGACGGGUUUGUUGUUGCUUCUUUUACUUUUCUUGGAUGGACUGUUGUUAUGAACAAAUUGUACAGCUUUCUGAAAGUGAACAAAAAGAGUUCAAAUAAGUACUAUCAACCUUCAUCACUGUUUUGGACCUUGCCCACAAUUUUUAGCUUGCCUAUUAUCUCAGUACCAGAACUGUGCCAGGUUACAAAAAAGUUCUAUGAGCUAAAGAUAAGUAAGCAUAACAUGCUACAUAAGUAUAUCUCUGUAAAACUCACUUAUGAAGAGCCAAGGCUCAGAAACACCCUGAAAUAUUUUGGAAAUUGUUAAAAUGGGGCCCAUUGCAUACAACAGCAGCGGUAAAGCACAUAAAUGCUUAUGAUAUUUGUGCUAGUUUUCAGUGAAAAUGAUAGCACAGGGAAGAACAGUCCUUUACAGUAAAGAUGUUGUUACUAACUUUAUAUAGUAUGUGACUAGAUUAAUAAAAUGUGUCAUGUCACAGAA